AUGUUGCGAGACAUUCUCAGGAGGAUAGCUUAUGCACUCAGCCGGAUGGCCUGCCCUAAGAAGGAACACCGCACGCCUCUGGACGACGGCUCGCCCUUUUUCUAUGCCAGAGCAGCCCAGGAGACAGACAUGGUCAAGCAGCCCGGGGUUGUCUCGGAAAUGCGCUGUGCCGCCCUCUCGGAUACAACAAGUAACCGUGAUGUUGCAAGGCACGAAGGUGGUGUACUGCAGCGGUGCAGAGCCGUACAUAAUCCUAUCCGUGACAUGGAAGAAGCAGCGAUCCGUACGUCCACCUCGGGAGAAAUAAGCCUACCACGGCGGCGGACCAGAGAGGGGGACCCCGUAACAAGCAUUCCCUACCCCCACCCACGACGACAACGACCACCACCACCACCACCACCACCACCACAAGACUCGGCCCCCAGCCCUCCCAUCAUCCGUUUCAGCUCCCCAGUAAGAACACCCCCUACCGCCGUGACCCUUCCAAGGAGGAGCAGAAGGACCAGAGCUACUACCGCCCUCCCGCGGCUCUCCAGCACCCCGCUGACCCCGGAGACGCUCAGGCCCCUCCUCGACAGCUUCGACCGGGCGCUCCACCACACCCACUACGCCGUGUGCGGGCACGCCGCCCUCGUGGUGUGGGGCUACCGCCCCGAUUCCCCCGAUUCCGCCGCCGCUGCCGCCGCCGCCGCCGCCACCUCAGCGAAGGGGAGGACGACGACGACGAGGAUGCCGGCGCACGUGAGCAUCGUCUGCCCGGCGGCGGGGAGGCAGGCGAUCCUGGGAUGGGCGAGGGCGGUCGGGUGGGGGGUGUACGCGCCGGACGGGUCUGCGGCGGCGGCGGCGGCGGCGGCGGCGGCUUGGUCCAGUUCGUCUGGUAAUGCUCCUCCCCUUCCUUCCUCUUCGUCUUCGUCUUCGUCUUCGUCUUCGUCUCCCCGUCCUGCCUCGUCAUCGUCUCGGACUUUGGCUGGUGGCGGGGAGGUGAUCGGCGUCCCCGUGCCCGGGUCCUCGCCGGCCGUCGUGGUGGCCUUCAGGCUGAGGACGGUGGAGGACGCGGUGUGGCACCGGCUGGAGAGGGUGCGGCCGCGCGACGUGGGACCGCCGUAUGCCGCGUGGCCGGGGGAGAGGAUGCGUAGUACGGGGGCGCAGGUGCUGGCCGUGCCGACGCUGCUGGACGAGGUCGCGCGGGCGUGGUACUCGUGCGCGGUGAGGCGCGCGGAGGUCGGUCGCGGGCGGGAGAGGUACGUCGCCGGCUUGCUCUUCUGGUUCCUGAGACGGCUGGCGGGGGAUUGGGACGACGCCCAGCGCGGCAGGCGGACAAGGGCCGGGUGGGAGUGGGAGUUGGAGUGGGAGUGGGAGCCGCUGACGCCGCGGGAGGUGCCGAACCUGACGUGCCGCAAGUUCUGGACCGCCUUCGUGGGCCAGUAUCACGACGCCCGCGGCCUGCUGGCCAGCUGCGGGCUGUAUCCGGUUGCGAGCGCUGCUGAAGAAGACGAUGGCGACGGAAGGCCAAAGGCGUCACCCCCAAACUCACUGGUCCAGCUUCUGCGCCGUCUUGAUAGUUCACGGCCCUCUCGAAGGGUGAAGCGGGAAUUAUGCUGUGACGUGCAGUGA